AUGGAAAACGCAAAUUUGUGGACCAGACGUUCUAACACUGGCAAACUAUCCUUGUCUAUGAGAGAUCAGGAGGGUAAGGAUGUCAGCAAGAUAGAUUCCCCUCGCUCCUAUACCAGCAGACGUUUCGGCGGCGACACGUCGUCCCACGGCAAAGCAAAUCCCUUCAACGCCCUCUCGCCUUCCGCAACGAAAACUCCUUCUGCGAGCGCAUCCUCGGCUUUCGGACUGGGUAGCGGGGCCUUCGCUUCCUUUGGGUCAGCAAAAACACCCAAGACGCCGGGCGCUGGCUCAGCCUUCGAUUUUCCAUCCCGCGAAAAGACCGAGAAGAAGGAGAGGGACUCAGAUACACCAGGAGAUAUCUCAGAAGCAGAGCCAAUACAAGAAUCUCCAGGGUCACCCAAGAUAUCUCCUGAGCACCCGCUCCGAAACACGUGGAACCUCUUCUACCGACCUCCUGCUAAUAAGUUCUCCGACUACGAGAAGUCGACCCUGAAAUUGGCGUCUAUCAGCUCCGUGGAAAGUUUCUGGACAAUAUAUUCCCAUCUGAAGCGACCAUCUCUGCUGCCUACUGUUUCCGACUACCAUAUUUUCAAGGACGGCAUUCGUCCGGUCUGGGAGGAUGAGGCCAACAAAAGGGGCGGCAAAUGGAUCGUGAGAUUAAAGAAAGGCGUCGCGGACCGCUACUGGGAGGAUCUACUACUGGCAAUUAUCGGUGACCAAUUUCUGGAAGCAGGCGAGGAGGUCUGUGGUGCAGUACUUAGUGUACGAAGUGGCGAGGACGUCCUGAGCGUCUGGACCAAGAUUGAUGGUGGCCGGAACAUUAAGAUCAGGGAGACCAUCAAGCGAAUACUUGCCUUUCCCCCGGAUACCAACAUUGUGUGGAAGAGCCACGACGACAGCAUCGCACAGCGAUCAGCUCUGGACGAAGCCAGACAGCAGAAGGUCAGUGGUACUCCUGGGCACCCGGGAGCGGAGAGGCGGCGCCCGACCCUGCAUGAAGAUUCUGAAAAGAGCAAGGGCAAAGGCAUAUCAUGA